UGCCGCUGCCGCAGGUGGCGCGCGCUGGCUGGUCGAGAGGCGGAGGCGGAGGAGGGAGGAGGAGGAGGAAGGAGAGGAGCCGGGCGCAAUGGCGGCGCCGGCCACCCCACGCGCAACGGCGACCACGCGGGUGGGAUCCCACGCGGCUGGCGGGGAAGCCGAAGCCAGCAGCGGCCGCUAGAAGCAUCCGGCAAUCCGCCGUCGCUGCCGCCGCCGCCGCCGUCAUCCCCUUUCUCUACCUCUUCCCCGCCAGCCGCCCAGAGACGGACAGGAGGCGGCGGGGACUCGGGGAUGGCGGCCCCGGGCCCCCUUCAGCCGCCGCCAGAGCUGCUGGGCCCGCGGCUCCGGGUAGCCGCGGAGGUGAUGCUGCGGGUGCCCACCCUCUUCCUCAUCGACACCAUCUUCAACUCGCCCCCGGUCUUCCCCGGGGAUUCCUUCUUGGCCGGCUUCCUGGGAGGGCUCCUGCGGCUGCUGGGAGUCUUGGCAUCCAGCGUUGUCCUGAUUCUGUCACAACGAUCGCUUUUCAAGUUUUAUAUGAUCAGCUGUGCUUUCCUGUUAGCUGCAACGUCAGUGUUGGUGAACUAUUACGCUUUUUUGCACAUAAACUUCCACAGUGCCUAUUACACAACACCUUUUGGAGUUCAGCUCCUUCCUCAUAAAGGACCUACCUUAUGGAUGGCACUCUCUGUUCUUCAGCUUGCCUUUGGGAUUGGUUAUGUCACUCUCUUAAAUAUCGAAUCCAUCUAUUCUCAGCUCAUCGUCUUGGUAUUGCUUCCCAUCGCAGGCUUGAUCUUCGACCUACCGUUACACUUCAGGCAGAUUUUAGUCUUUGCAUCAGGUUCCAUUUUGACGUUACACAGCUUGGUUAUUUUAUUUACUAUGAAAUGGGUCUACUACUCCACAAGGUAUGUUUAUCUCCUCAUAAGGCAUAUGUACGCAUUACGGAUACAGUUGUUGCUGGAAGACACGUGGAAAAGGAUUCGCUUUCCAGACGUGCUGCGGAUUUUUUGGCUAUCAAGACUGGCAAUUCAAGCUGCUGUGCUGCUGUACGUUAUUAAAGCAGCCGAAACGGACCCGAGCAUGAAAUUCUACAUGAUUUCUUCGGACAGUUUCUGGGAAUUACUUUGCAGCCUUAUCAUCAGCGAUGCAUUCACGUUAACCGUGUUAGGCAUGAGUGCGGAUUCAUCUGUGGCUCACUAUCUGGGGCUGGGUAUUUUGGCCUUUAUUGGGUCCACAGAUGAAGACGAUAGGAGGCUCGGUUUUGUGGCACCGGUCUUAUUUUUUAUUUUAGCCCUCCAGACUGGAUUAAGUGGGCUAAAGCCAGAGGAGAGACUGGUCGCGUUAAUUCGAAACAUGUGCCUUUUGCUGACGGCAGCGCAUUUUAUCCACGGGAUGACCGACCCUGUGCCCUGUCUCUGAGUGCCCUCCCACGGCUCCUCGCUUCGCAGGCACUUCCCCGUGCUUUUUGUCUCCGCUUGCCUCUUCCUCCUCCCGAUUUUGCUUAGCUACAUCCUCUGGCAUCACUAUGCACUAAAUACGUGGCUGUUUGCCGUGACAGCCUUCUGCGUGGAGCUCUGCCUCAAGGUCAUUGUCUCUAUCACUGUAUACAUACUGUUCAUGAUCGACGGCUACUAUAAUGUUUUAUGGGAAAAGCUGGACGAUUAUGUCUACUAUGUUAGAUCAUCAGGCAAUAUCAUUGAAUUUAUAUUUGGAGUAAUAAUGUUCGGCAACGGUGCUUACACCAUGGUCUUUGAAUCAGGAAGCAAAAUCCGGGCCUGUAUGAUGUGCCUGCAUGCCUAUUUCAACAUUUACCUGCAAGCGAAGAACGGCUGGAAAACGUUCAUCAAUCGUAGGAUGGCUGUGAAAAAGAUCAACUCCCUUCCGGAGAUCAAAGGGGAGCGAUUGCAGGAGAUAGACGAUGUGUGCGCCAUCUGCUAUCAUGAAUUCACCACGUCCGCCCGCAUUACUCCAUGUAACCAUUACUUCCAUGCGCUUUGCCUUCGGAAAUGGCUCUACAUCCAGGAGACGUGUCCCAUGUGCCAUCAAAAAGUUGACAUCGAUGAGAAGGAGAACCCCAUCUCUCCCAACAAUAACGCCUUCGUACGCCCCCGAUGACAAUGACCCCGAUGAAAAUCCCGCCCAGGAGGAGAACAAGAAGCUCCUGCUGAAGAUGAACUUAACGAUGAGAGUACAGAGAGCGAAGAAGAGACAGAGAGCUCGACUCAGUCCAGUGCCGCAGUACCCGAACAGCCCUCUGAACACCAAUCCUGACCCUGUGCUCGAAUUAAAAUGGCAAAUCCCCGAACCCUGCGGGUGUUUGUGGAGUUCAGCAUUGGAAUAAAAAGCUUCACUUCGUCAACUAAGCACAAGAACACAAUGUCCAAAAUUGUUGAAUCUGUGAAUGAGUUGUCAUUUUACUGUGAUGUGCUACUGUAAAUAUGGCUGGUAUUAAUGCUGUCUCUUUUGCGACCACUUUAAAACUUUAUGUACAUUAUUGUACAUGGAAUAAAAUGUUUUCACCUAUUUUUUUAA